CGACAGGUACUUAAAUCGUAAAUUUGCUUUUUAUUCAUUUGCAGCAAUUGUAUAUUUCUAAUACACACACACACCAACAUUUUAAAACCGAAAAUUACAGUGACUCCAUUAUGAAAUCACUAAUAAUUUUUGUUGCCGUUAUUUUGGCUGUAAACGCUUUAACUCUCAAAGAUCAAUGGACCAAUUUUAAGAUCGAACAUGGGAAAGUUUACAAGAACUUGGCCGAGGAAAAACUGCGCUUCAACAUAUUCCAACAAACCUUGAAGAAGAUCGAAGAGCACAACAAAAAAUACAAUGCUGGUUUGUCAACCUACUGGAUGGGGAUUAAUCAAUUUUCCGAUUUGACCACUGAAGAAUUCGCAGCUCGCCAGAAAAAACAAAUUGCCAACAAACCGAAAAUCGUUGCCGAACUACACGUCCCGACCAAUCGUUCUGUACCGAAAGAAAUCGACUGGAGAGAAAAAGGAGCCGUUAUGGAAGUGAAGGAUCAGAAAGACUGCUCUUCUUGCUGGGCUUUUAGCGCCACUGGUGCUCUCGAAGGCCAAAUCGCUAUAAAAAACAACAAAAGGGUGUCUCUAAGCGAGCAACAACUUAUCGAUUGCUCUGUGAGUUAUGGAAAUGAAUGGGGCUGCGAGCUCGGAGGCGAGGCGAACUAUGCUUUUGACUACGUCCGCGAUCAUGGAAUAGAAUCCGAAGAGGAUUAUCCUUAUAAAAAUGCCCAGCUAAAUUGCAGCGCCAAAGCAGAAAAAUCAGUUUUGACCUCUAUUAAAGGCUAUAAGAAUCUUCCCGAGUUUGAUGAUGAAGCACUAAGAGAAGCUGUAGGUACUGUCGGUCCUAUUUCGGUUUCUAUUUACUCCGUACCUAUACAACAUUACGCCGGAGGUAUUUUCGAUGGUGAUUGUGACGAUAUGCCUGACCAUGGAGUACUGGUUGUUGGUUACGGAGAAGGUUCGAUACCUUACUGGAUCGUGAAGAACUCAUGGGGAAAAACUUGGGGAGAAGAUGGCUACUUUAGAAUGGCUAGAAGGGAUGGUUUAUGUUGGAUUUCAUCGGACGCAUUGUACCCAGAAUUAUAGACAACGUAUUUAUUUUUUAUUUUAAAUAAUUUAUAGGUUUUAAACUUAAAAUUAUGUUUGUAAAAAUAGUCUAAGGCUUAAUAAAAAAACAAAUGUAUGAACAUUAG